AUGAGACGCUCUGGAGGUUUACGGAUUUUCUUAACUAUUGGAUUGAUUUCAGAGAUUUUUCAGACAGCUCUAAGUGCCCAGCUAUCAACAAAAAACAAGGGAAAUUGCAGCUAUGCAGUUACAGUAGAAACAACUUGUACCAGAGGUGCUGAGACAUCCAACCAUGUCAGCUUGAGGUUUGGAGACGCAAAAUCAAAUGAUAUACUUGUGCACCAUCUUAACUCGAAGCACCUACGAAGAUUAGAUCCAUUGCAGCCACAAGUUCUUGAUGAUAUUCCUAGAAAACCAUUUCAAGCCUGCAUGGUGGAUCAGUUUCAAGUUACAGGACCGUGUGUUGAGUCGAUGAUCUGUUACCUAUACUUAAAAUUAAAUGGAAAUGAUGAUUGGAGGCCGGGUUUCGUGCAGGUCAAAGUGUUUGAAGGAUCCCAUUUCAGCUCUGAUUAUUUUUAUGUUCGUCGAUACCUGCCCAGGCAUGUUUGGCAUGGCUCUGAUAUGUGUGAGACUGAAGUUACUCCUUUUGGAGUCAAGUACAAGAGGAAAGUGUUGGGAAAGAAGCAUGCUUGA